AUGGUGUCAGCGGAGUUGACCGCAAUGGUCCGUGGCAUCUACCACCGCUUUCCCUCUGAACACUGGGAGCGCACCCGGGCCAUCCUUGAGGCAAACGAACCCCGGCGGUUGUUUGCGCAUAUUGAGUCCCUCAUUUCAACUCGCCAGAUCGACGCCUCACUUAAGGAGAAUGAGGCGUUCCGUAAGCUCGCCGCAGAAAUGUACUCUGCGCGGCACCCCUGGUUAAAGGACGCGGACCUUGGACAGGCUCGCUGGGAAUCGUUUCAGGAGUUUUCUGCAGGGAUGUUAAGCGCCCAAGCUCGUGAAGCCGAGAAUGACCCAGAGACUAUGCUGAAAAUGAAGAGACAGAUCAUGCUGAGACGAAUUAGAGAAGGAAAAGACGUGGAAAUGUGGCGCCAGUUAUUGGGGUUUCAGGGAGUUGAGUUCGAUGAGGCUGAGGUACGCGGCGAUUCCGAUCCCGCGUAUGGCCAAGGUCAGCAGAAUGAGGUUGUUGGUGUAGCUAUUUCUUGCAUAGACGGGCCGGAUGCCACGUAUGGGCCUUCUUCAGCUGGCCGCAGCGUGAAAGAGUUCGAGAGACCACAGCAGCCCGCAGUGCCCAAAGCCCCGGCUGAAGGAGGCCAGACACUUCACAACCCGUUCACGACGGAGUGGAAAGCCCGGGUUGCCCCUGAUGGGUGGGAGUAUCCUGCUAUCUUUGAUCCAUACUUCACUAGCAAUCAGUUUAUUCGGCGGUCGAACCCGUAUGAGCUUCCCAAGAUCCCGGGUUUCUCUUCGGAUGACGAGGAAGAGACUGAACAAACAGCAACUGAAGAAGAGGAGCCUCGAGAGGUUUCGAACCCGAUAGGAAGAGCAGGACAAGCCGUCACCAUAGCCAAGCUUAGAAGGACGUCCACCGCGACAUCAAACCAUGACCAGCCUGGAACAAGCAAGACUGUCACUUUCAAGGGCCGACCUGGCAGGGGUGGAAGAGAGAUGGGUAGCAUCAGUCUCCUCGGCGGAGACGAGGUACGUGAUGCUCCACGACCUCUGAUCCCGUCGUUCACUAUUAGUACUCGAACCCACAGUCGAGCGGUUGCUCAACCUGGACCGUCGCAGCCAUCGCAGCCGCCUAUUACCGUCGGUAGACCAACUCCGACGGACCAGAACGCUCCUCGCCUUUUUGAGCGCCUGGUGACCGCAGAGGGAACGAGACCUAAUAAUGAGCCCCUCGCUCCCCUGGCAAAAGGCCGCAUCUUCACGCCCGCGCGUGAGGAAAUCUCCCCUUCCCCAUCACCGACAAGUUCCCAACAUGAAGACAUCGAGAUGGCCGACCUUACCAGUGAGGAUGUGGACAUGGGAGACGCCCAAACGACCAACGACCAAACCGAGACUGCCGAACAAAGAUGGCUCGCAGACCUCGUCGGGCGUGAAGUAACCACCUCCGCAGAAGACCACCAGAUGAUGUCCUACCGCGGCUGGCGCAUCCACUCCCCCAAAGUCCAACUCGCCCGCAUCAAGAACUUCCUCGCGGACGAGGACAUUGACCGCACGCUGAACUGGGAGCGCAAGUUCGCGGAAAUCGGCCUGUUCCUACAGCACUGCGUGCGCAUGCCCGACGCCACGAGAAAGAUCUGGUACGGAGACCUGCGAGAGUGCAUCAACAUGCUGCACACGCACUGGGUCUUCGAGCAGCACCACUACGGCGAGAGGCCGCUCGUAGUCGACUUUCCCGAGCUGAGCAACAUCAGCGCGCGACUUCCCCCGGUCCCCGGCGGUCGGAGCAUCGUCGUGGAAAAGAUGCCGGCCGAGGACGUCGUCCGGCCCCGGUACCUCCUCCACAGGGUCCCCGAGUCCAUUCAGGACGUAGACUACCAGAUCCCGGGAAGGUUACUUCGCGAGACGUUCCUGACGUGGUUCCGGCAGGAUGGCAACCUCGUGUGGAACGCCGACCCGACGACGGGAGGCGCAAUGCCGGGAUCGGGCGACCGCGGCAAGGCGUUUGGAUAUUCGCCCGACUUCAACAUGGCGCUCACGGAAGACGAGUGGUUCGGCAAGUGCAUGAGCGGCGGGCCCGAGACGACGGUCCAGGCCAUCAGGGGCGACGCGAACUUUUACAUGCCCAACAGCGAAUUCGUGCCCGGCGGCGUGGACGAGGUCACGGUGCGCGGCAGGACGCACAGGAUGCAGAGAAUGUACCCCGAAGGCGAAGCCCAGCAGCGCUUCGCGAGGUACCGCGGCGCGAAGCGCGCGGCGCUGCAGCAGUGCCUGUCGCACUUUGACAGCGUCGAGAACGUGGCCAUCCAGGGGCCGUUCCGCAGACUCGUGCUGCCGCCGACGAGACGGCAAAGGGAGCUCGCGAGGGAGCGGGCGGGGCGGAACAUCGUUUACAAACCGCACGCCAUCGAGAGGCCCCCCGAGGGGACGAAGCUUGACCCGCUCGGCUUGACGUACUGGCAUCAGGUCAUGCGGUCGAACCACUACGAACGCGCGGAAGACGCGAGGGCGUUGACGGAACGGGAUCGCCGUGCGAUGCUCACGCAGACGGGCUCAGAUACGGACCCCGUGUUCACGCCGGCGAAUUUCCUUGGCCCCGUCACGCCGUUUAGUUUCUUGAAGGAGAGCGAGCGGAAGGCGGUCACGCGGUAUAAGCGUCUCUGCGAGUUCCGUGACAAGUUGACGAGGGCGUAUAACCGGGCCCCGAGGCAGAUGCUCGAGGGGAUGUUGAAGAACAUUGAGUUGGGUCUGCGAGGUGAGCCGUCGUGGGACAUGCAGAACGAGAUAGCGCAGCACCUGAAGAAAUAUGGUAAGUUUCGUGAGGUCGACGACAUGGAGAUGCACUGGCUCCAGUUCGUGUGCGGACCGUCGACGAACGAGAAGAUGGAGAGGGAGCCGUUGCCCAAGCUCGGGAGGGAGUUUGACGUGUUCGUCACGAGAAUACAGACGCUUCUGGAUGAUCCAAACAAGGAAAGUCUGCUCGCGAAGCAGGAGAAGAAGGCGGACGUGAUGCACAUCACCCUGGCGCUGAAUGCUGGGCUGAGAGAAGGGGACUUUGUCUUGCGAGAGGACAUGGUCGGGAAGUAUUGCAAGGUGCUAGCGAAUCGCGGCCGACUCGGGUACGAAGUCGACAAAGGCAGAAUCAUGAUUUCCCGGCCUACAUGCGACUGGCACCCCGAACACCGCCUCAACUGGCCCGAGGGCGACGACCCCUGGGACGCGCAGACCAACAUCUGGAACGCCGCCAACCUGCCUCCCCCGGAAGACACCUGGAUCUGGGAGGAGGCCUUUGCGAACAUAGACUGGGUCAACACGAGCGCGCGGCUGACAAAGGACAUGCUCUGGUCGCGCGCGUACCGCGUCGGCGUCGAACUUGACAACCUCGAAGAACAGCUGCGGCAGCUUGAUCUGAAACUGGACCAGGCGCAAGAAUGGGAUGAUCGCGCUGUACAACUACAGGAUGUCGCGGGCAUGUGGAAGGGCCAGUUCGAUAGGGGUGUUCCAGGACGCGGUCCGUCAGUGUCAUAUGUGAGCGUGGUCAAGGCGGGCGAUCCGGGGAAGUUCAAGGAGGGCAUGACCGAGGCGGAGGCGUAUGAGAUUGUGCGCAAGGGUAUUAUUGAUGAGUUGUCGGAGGGGAACAGUACGCUUUGGCCUGCCAGACCUAGGUUCAGCACCGUUGGAGAUGGCGAUGACGACAAGGAAGAGGACGACGAAGUCAUGACGCUUCACCGGGAACGGGUCUGGGACUGGGCGAGACCGGAAGUUGCGGGUGUAAAGAAGCAGUUCUUCUCUGUCAAUCGGUGGCCGGUGCAUCUGCAAACUGAGAAGCGGCAGGAGCAGAUCCGCAGGAGCGUGGAGGACAAGAAGAGGCUGAAGGAUGAGGAGAAGGCGGAGGAGAAGGCCGAAAUGGAGAAGAUGGAAGAGGAAGUGCGGCCCACGGCGGAAGAUGUGGCGAGUGCGCAGAGAGCCGAGAUCGAGAGGAUGCUUUCCGUGCCGUACCAUGAGAGAGACGAAAGGACCAUGUUUUUCCCUGGGCAGACGGAGUUCUGGGGCGGCGAUACGGUUUCACAGAGGAGGGCUAUGGAGGCGCAUGUUCAGAGGACCUUUGAAAGUAAGUUCAUCAUGUUGGGUGAGGCGACGCAGGUGCUAAUUUUUGUUGCAGACAGCAGGACUCCUGCCGAUAAUACUGGUCACGACGGCGCGGAUGACCCAAGGAGCACUGGCUCUGACAGCGAUGGCACGGUUUGGCCGGACGUGAACUCGCCAAACAUUCCGAGAAGCGUGCCGGACAGUAUUGUCCGAGGGUCAAACUGGUAUAGGAGUCAAUCGGCGGCAAGGCCGGCGAGGGUGGAGGGACUGCAUCCUCCUGACUUGCUUCAUCCGUAUCCUGAACAGCAGGAGGAGAACAGAAGACGGGUGCGGUUUGAGGAUGAUGGCAUUGAAUGA